AUGGCGUCAGGAAUGCAACACAAAAAUGCGAUAAGCACAGCCACAGAGGGCUUGAUCCAAGCUCAACUUGAGCUCUACCACCACUCCUUGGGGUACGUGAAGUCUGUGGUGCUCAGGGCUGCCACGGAACUAGGCAUCCCGGAUACCAUCCAUCGCCACGGCGGUCUGGCGACAUUGUCUGACAUUGCCACCCAAACCGGGAUCCACCCGAGCAAGUACUCCCACCUCCGUCGGCUCAUGCACGCGCUCACCGUCACUGGCAUCUGCUCUGUCGAAGGCUACGACGAUGAUGCCAGGUACAAGCUCACUCUUGUCUCCAGCAUCCUUGUCGAAGGCGGCGAGAGCAUGUGCAACCUGUCUCCCAUGGUGCCUCUGCUUGUCGAACUGCUGAAGCUGACCAUGCUCUUCGAUAUAAAAGAGUGGUUCACCGACGAGCGGGCGUCAGCCAUGACACUAUUUGAGGUGACGCAUGGCUGCACACCAUCGAAGAUGAAAGCCAAGAAGGGCGCAUGUGGCAUAUUCCAGGCCGCCAUGGUCGCCGACACCAACCUCGUCAUGGAGGUAGUCCUGAAAGAGCACAUGGACAUUUUUAAGGGGGUGAGCUCGCUUGUUGACGCGGGCGGUGCCCUUGGUGCCGCAGCCGCAGCAAUCGCAAAGGCCCUCCCACACGUCAAGUGCACCGUGCUAGACCUCCCACACGUGAUUGUUGGCGCACCUACCAGCCACGACGUCCAGUAUGUUGCUGGCGAUGUGUUUGAGUAUGUACCACCAGCCGACGCUAUCCUUCUCAAGACGAAGAUGCCGUCAAGGUACUACGGCGGUGCAAGGAAGCUAUACCAGCUGGAGGGAAGGUGA